GGUAGGCUCAGGUAGCUUUGGCGGCGGCAGGGCUGCGGCUGCAAAGGCCGGCCUGGCGGGGCGAGCGCGGGCCGCGGAGCAGGCCUCAGGAAGAGGCCCCUUCUACGAAUGCCCUCAUGGAGGCAUUGGCUACAGUGUCCGAAUCUUGGAAAAGAAAGCCCCUUUCUCAAGGUGAAAGGAGUGUUGUGAACUUCUGAGGGCCUGAUCGAUAUUGGUGAACCGUUUGAUGUAAAAGACUUGACUCCAUAAUCUUCCAUCUGCCCUAAUGCUGUCAUCCGGAGUAGAGACUCAGCCAGUUCCACUUGAUUCCUCCAUGUCUGCCGUGGUACAGGAAUUAUACUCUGAACUCCCUGUGAGUGUCUCCAAAGAGCUUCAUGCUGACCCUGAGCCAAGUGUGAUUCCAGAUGUAAAACCCGGAGCCUCAAGCUCUCUUAUAAGUCAGAGUAGGGCAGUGCCCUUGGAGCUGCAGAGGACUCAUGCGGAAAGUUGUUAUGAAGAAACUUCUGGCACCUUGGAUCAUGGGGGUGAACCUGGGCGGUGUGGGCUGGUGGACUCCACAGCAGGAGGUUCUGUGGCUUCUGGGAUCUUGGAUAGGGAAGAGAAAACCAAGAGCAUGGAGCUAAAGGUCUUCAGAGAUCAAGGGGACCAGGCGGAAAUUGUAAGAGACCCCUGUGAGGGAGCAAAGGAAGACCCACAUCAGCAUUCCACAGCUGCUGAAGAAAAGAUCAGCUUAAGUCAGGAAGACCUCCUGAUGCAGUCAAGCAAAGAAUGUUUAUGCACGGGCCUCCCUGAAGACUGUCUGAGAAGUAAAGAGGAGGAAACUGAAACUCAGAGAGAAGGAAAUGUACAAAUUACAACUGGAACUCUUCUAAAAUCUACUGAAGUACAAGGUAUAAAGGUCAAUGGUACUAAGACGGAUUAUAAUGAAGGACACAAGAAUGGCAAUGUGAGUAAAGGUCUCUCAGCUGGGUUCAACGAAUACCCAGAAAUAGACAAAAUCAUGGCCAGUGGUGAGGUUUCAGAAACCAGCACAUUAGUUUCCCUAGAGCCUUUAACCUUUGUGGACCCUGGAUUAACAGAAGCAACUUCUAAAGAAAAAGAAUGUGAAGAAUUAAAAACUUGUCCUUCUUGGUUGUCAUUGUUACCAGGGAGCAGUGCCAUUUCCAAAGUGGACAGUGGGAAGGAAGAGGUGUGUAAGUUAAACCUUGUCUGUGAAGCAGAUGACAAUCACCAACAGAUUCUCAGCCACCAUAAUGAAAAACACAGUUCUUCUCAUGGCAGUCCCAAAGCCACAAGAAAUGUAGUUGUUACAGAACCCUUAGGAGAAAACUCUGGCAUUUCCUAUUUCUCUUCAAGUUUGUCUGGUUCACAAUCCAGAACACCAUCCUUAGAAACAUGUGGUUUUAAAGAUGAUGGCUUGCCAAAGGGAUCUGCUGAAAAGACAGGCAGUUCCUGUUUUGAUGGGGACGAUCAAAGCAAGAACGUGGCUACUAGAGAAGAAAAUGAACAGUUUUUGAACCCCAGGAGUGAAAGAGGGGAACUCUUUCUUGUUAACGCCAGGCAACCAGAAGAGGGUGCUAGCAGUCACUGUCCUGGUGAAAAAGAGACUGUUGCCUCCCGCAAAGAGAAUAUCCAUGGUAACUCUUGUGUUCAAGGCAGUAUCCAGACAGACAGCUCUAGUUCUUCAAUGCCCGGUUCUUUCACUGAAGCCACGGAACAAAUGUUUAAAAAAAAUGAUCUGAAAAUCACUCUAGACAUUCAAGAUAGCUUGAAAAACCAUGAGGACCAUAGAGAAACUUCUACUGAUAUGAGCCAUUUAGGCAAACACUCUGAAGAGAGCAGCUUUUCCUCCUUAAUGCCGAUUAAAGAGCCAGAACAGACAACCACUAUAGAGCCCAGUACGAUAACUGAAAAGAUUUACAGUAAAGACUCUAACUCAUUCCGCUCCCAGAGAAAUCUGGAAGGCGACACCCAGUUAAGUGAAGCAUCAUAUAAUGAAUUUCUGAUUGAAAGAAAAUCCCUUGUGAGUUUAAUGCGUGAGGACCAGAUAAGUCCUGUGAAUGAGGUGUCAAAACCCAAGAAAGAUACUGCUCAGUUACCACCAUCCCUAGAAUUUGAUUACAAACCCAAGUCAGAACAAGCUAUACAGACCGCACAGGACGAUAGUUCACAUUUAGAUGAACAGAACAUUGCCUGUGAGAUGAAUGAACUUCCUUGUACCAAUGAACUGGUUGUAAACAAAAUAGAAAGUGAAUGUGUUUUAAAUCAAGUGCCCCUUAAUUCUCAAGACCACGCUAAGUUGCCAGCUCGAAAAAAGAUGCCUUUAGCAACAAGCGAGGAUUCCCAACAGAGCCAUCACCCUCCAUUAGAGGAUGGAGCAGAUGUCAUUGCUGAUACCCAAACCAUUUCCAUGAAGACAAAAAUGAAAGAUGUCUCUCCAUCAGGUGACAAAACUUGUGGUGCCUCUUCAAACAAUCCCACCUUAAACAUCAAACCAGGAAGCCUAGAAAGAAAAAAAGUGACUGAUUCUGGAAUAGUUGAUCUACAUUCCAGACUUCCCUCAAGGAAGAAAGAAGCAGCAGGCUUGCCUCAAGAGGUCACUGUUAGGGAAUAUCAAAGUGUUCAAUCUCAGGAUCUCUCUAGCUGUCCUCAUGUAAGUAAAAAUGCACAAAAAAAGAGUAUGUGUUCUGCUUGUGCUGCUUUUGAGUCCCACAGAAUCAUCACAAAAGUUGAAAACUCUUUGAUAACCAAGUGUGAAGAUGCAUUUCAGCUCAGCAGUCACCACUCGCAAGGAAGAGAAGACUCCACAGAAAGUAGCACCCACAAAGUGAGUUAUACUUCGGAGGGAAGUGAACUUUCUGGGGAAGAAACUAAAGGAGAUAAGAUGAGAAACAGAAUGGCAGCCGGCAUGUUAAAUAGUGAAGCUUUAGACAAGGCCAUUCCCCCUACUAGUCACAUGCAGCCCAGUGAGGAAUGGCUAGAAGGAAAGGAACGGGAUGUACCUAAAGAGACUGUGUUUUGCAAGUAUAACAUCUCUGAGUGUGCCACACCAGAACUAAACGUACCUGCAAACAUUCCAAGCCCUGAAAAAUUGUUGGACCAGUCUCCUACUAUUAUGUUCUCCAGUUUCAAAAACAGGAGCCAAGCAGUUGAAACUCUUGAUCAGAAAGGAGAUGAAGUCCUUAAUUGCCAGUGUAAUCAAAAUGGACCAGAUGAAUGCAAAAAUGAAGAUAAACCAGCUAAGGAGACACUAGAUGGUGAAGAGAGAGAGACUGUCAUAGCACCUAACACAGACGUAAGCCACAACCAAAAGGAUCUGCUAGUUGGUUCAGCCAGUAACAACCCAUUGUCCAGUGGUAGUUCAAAGAAAGGCAGUUUGAAAGGAGACUCUCAACGUAUUUCUGGUAGUGAGGAGUCCGCAGAUGACAUGAUAGACAUCAUCUACACGAACUGCAGUAAAAAGUCUACAGAAGGCAUGUUAGACUUCAGAGCAUCUAGUACCCUUGAUAGUGGUGCAGGGCAAGAUAGACUGAUGUUACAGGAAACCUUGGUGGGUACUCUGUCUCAGAGAGGUGAACUGAAUGCUGCAUUUAUCGGAAUGAUUGGCCAGGACUCAGAUUUCCCAGAUGCUACGUCCUCUACAGGGCAGCCUCUGGAAAUUAAAAAAUCAUGUGAAGAGAAAGUAAGCAGAUCAUUAAAAGAUUGUGAAAUGGAGGUGUGUCCAGACUCUUGUGCCCAUGAUAUAGAGUCUGUUGCAGAUCAUGAACCAAAUACAAGAACACUGGAUAGAGUAAAUGUGUCCUUAAAUUAUAUUCAUCAUGAAGAGCAAGUUAAAGAAACAUCUCUUAGAGAAACACAAGGAAUGAUUAAAGGAUCAAGACUGGAAAUAAAUUCUGAUUUUGAUAAGGACAGUACCUUUGGAAUUUCCUCGAAAGAGUUGCUGUCUUCUGGAUGUCCAGAUGAGAACCCUGCUCCCAUAGGGAGCCUGAAAUCCAUUGAGAUAAUGCCUUCGUAUCUGUCUUCUCACAAAAAUUCGGAAAGUAACGUUAAUAGUGAAGAAACUCACCUGGAAAAUCUUUUUAAACCAAAAGAUGGUGAAAUGCUUUGUGAAAACGUGGGGCAUCACACCGUCCUGCUUGAGACGAAGGAAAGAGCACCAGGAGAUGGGAGUAAUUCUAGUGAAGGAGUCAGAAUAGACAUUGGUGUGCAAAAUUUGCCUUUGACAAUAGAAACAGGAACUAAAUUGAGAGGAGAAAAAACUGAAGGACGUCGGAGGGGACCCGUGGGUCACUUAACUGUCAGCGUAGAGUCUGAGGAGAUGAUUACCAGAGAAGCUGGUCGUGGUGAUAAAAUAAGAGAGACCCCGUCUAAGUCCCAGAAGAUGCUUGGUGAUGAAGAGCAGCAAAGGCAGAGGGCUUUGGACUACAUGUUGCAGAAUGAAGAGGAAUAUAUACAUCAAAAAGAAGUACACACGAUAUUGGAACAAUACACAUCAUCUAACAUGUUAUCAGAUGAGUUGCAAGAUAAGAACCAAGCUAAAGAUUGCAGAAGUGGGUCCACCAUGAUGAAGGAAAUCACCCUAGCAAAGCUGGCCCAGGGCAGCAGAGCUGCACAGUUCCAGAAGUUGGAAGAUCCAAAGGAGGAAAGCUUGUGUCAUCCAUUAAAAAGGGCCAUGGAGUCGUGCACAGGUCCUUGCCUUCAUGGUGCCCCUCAGAAAGCACAAGACCCCGAUUUUGCUGGGUGUGAUGAAAUACGCGGUGCCUUUGGGAACACAUCAUAUCAGAAAAGAGUGCUUCCCUUAAAGAAGCAGCCCCAUCGAACAUGUAAGAAAGUUUCCUAUCAGGAGCAAGUCACCAUGGGGAAAAAAAUAAGUAAAAUCAGAAGCUCUGCCUUUUUCAAGAGUUCCUCUGAAACCGUCCCCACAAAAGCACACAGAUUUCUCAGUUCAUGUGCCGUGCCUGCACCUGCACAAUUGGAACCUGAAAGAGAACCAACCAGGAGCUUAACGAGCCACAUACCAAAGCAGAAGGCGAUUCCAUGCCAUCCCUUGAGGAGCCUGAAUGUUAGGAAGCCUACCAAAGAAUCAGCCUUACUUAGCAAGCUGUCCAUUCUUGCCUCCAAACUGGUCCCAGCCACAAAGACCCAGAAACUAAGAUAUCGGCGGUGUUCCUCUGAACUUCUUCCAGUGGCUAAAAGCUACAAGCGGCUCAGAUACAAAAGGCUUCUGGAUGGAUUUUCAUACAAUACAAUGCAGCUGAAUCCCUAUUUGGCAGCUGGUGGAUGGGAUAAGAGACCUAACAGUAAGUCCUUGACACUUUAUUCACUCGAAGCCAUCAAAAUGAGCUUCAUAGAUUUGAGCAACAAGGUGCCAUCACUGCUGUUUGGUUCGGAAGUUUUCCCGGUAUCUUUUCACAUGAAAUCGGGCUCUGAGUGCAUGACCGAGUCCCCAAGGACUUUUCCUGAGCACUGUGCUCCAGCCAGGCUCGCCUUAGGAGAGGCCCCCAGGUGCCUGUCUCAACCUCCCAAGUGGACCUUUUCUUUUUUCUUGUCCCACAGUUGUCCUGGGAUGGCCACAUUCAGGGAAGACACUGGCCUCCAUGGUCAGGCAUGUGCCCAGGCUCCUUCACAGUCUCCAGGUCUUCUCCAAGACUAUGGAGGCACUGCCAUAGUCCAGACCAGAGCAGGCUGCUCUGUCCUUGGCCUUCACACACUUCUAGCACUUUGUUCUCCUGGAUGUUACCGAAUCUGGACAAAAAAACGGAGCUUCUCUAGUCACAUGCCUACCAUGCAGAGGCUCUUCAUGACCCAGUUUACACAGGGCUUAAAAGGGUUAAGAUCUCCAGCCUCCAUAGCAGACAAGGUCUUCUGUUCUCUUCCGUACUCGGUGGGCCGAGUGCUUUCCAUUUGGAGCCAGCAUGGGCCUUCUGCCUGCCCCUUCGAAAUCUCUACUCUUCAUUCCACUCACAGCAAGCAGCAGCCAACUCUGAGCACCACGAGCAGCCACACCAUGUUACCAUAUGUGCCUCUUCCAGGCAUGGAAGCUUCUUAUAACACCAGUGGCAGUCAGAUGAGACUAGAACCUCCAUUCCCUGCCUUGGUACCAAAGUCUUGCUUGGUAACAGACUCAGCUGUCAGCAAGCUCCUGCUUUCAGCCUCCGAGUUCCAGGUUCCUGAAUUUGAUGAGCUGGAUAGUGUGGCAGCGUCAUGCCCCCAUCCACAGAGCAGCCCUCCAGAAGAGAAGGAGGCUGAGCCAGAGAAGAGGCCAAAGAAAGUCUCACAGAUUCGUAUCCGGAAAACCAUUCCUAAGCCAGACCCUAAUCUUACCCCUAUGGGCCUUCCUCGACCCAAAAGGUUAAAGAAAAAGGAGUUUAGUUUAGAAGAAAUCUAUACCAAUAAGAAUUAUAAGUCUCCUCCUGCAAACAGGUGUUUGGAGACCAUCUUUGAGGAACCUAAGGAACGAAAUGGUACGCUAAUCUCAAUCAGCCAGCAGAAGAGAAAACGAGUUCUAGAAUUUCAGGAUUUUACCGUCCCACGAAAGAGGAGAGCUCGUGGUAAGGUCAAGGUGGCAGGCAGCUUUACCAGGGCGCAGAAGGCAGCUCUGCAGAGUCGGGAGCUCGAUGCUCUGUUGAUACAGAAACUAAUGGAAUUGGAGACAUUUUUUGCCAAGGAAGAGGAGGAUCAGGAGCGACCAUCUGGUUGUUGAGAAGCAAUUCAGUUUGGGGGUCUCAAUUUUAGGUUUUCCAGGCUCCUUGGAAGAGGUUGCCUAAUUUUGCCCUACCACCCAAACUACUCAAGAUGCAGUCCAUGGAUUUUUACCUAUUUUAAGGUGCAACCUUUUUAGGAAAUGGUGAAGGAGGGUCCUCUACUUCUACUGCUGAGUAUUGAACCUCAGGAAUGCUCCCUUUAUCCUAGAAAUGGUCCUGAAUGACAUCUGGCCUCCUCCCCCCGCCCCCCACUCGCCAUCCUCAGGAGGAGGACACAGCACACCUUCAGUAACACUAGGAUUCCAAGGACUCACAGCAUUUGCACGUCCGUGUGAAAGUUCUGCAUUGUUUACGGUGGUGCUAGACCAAGAUUAUUUAGAGACAUGGCCUAGGGAGGGGGACCUGGUGUCCUGUCCUGUGUAGUCACACCGGCUCAUUUCAGUAGUUGAGGAAAGAUGAGCUGUUGUGUUUCCUAAUCCUCUGAGUCUGUCUGCCUAGAACCAUGUGUGCGUGCGUGCGUGUGUGUGUGUGUGUGUGGCUUUUUCCCAUCAUUUUCUCCCCUCUGUGACUGUGGGUCACUAGUGCCAGAGGAGCCCGUCCAGGCCCCAUUCGAAGUAAGUUGCACUUUUUAAUGUUGUGGUGUUGAUUAUUUUCAUUUGUUUUAUUUCCUUUUUUUUUUUUUUUUGUAUUAUUGCUGCAUGUUUGGAGCCUUUAAAUGUGAUUUUAAAACAAAAUUUUUAAGACACCAAGGAGAAAGACAAUACACAUCUUCAGAAUAUAUGACAGGCAUUUGACCCAGUGUAUCAGUGCAUGGUUUGGGACAAUGGAGAGACAUUUUUCCAUCAUGUGUUUCAAGCAGCCCCUUCCCCAUCUCUACCUUCCAGUGUAACUCGUUAGAGGGAGUACUUUUUCAUCUGGGUUCUCAUUCUUGCUCGUUAAGUUGAUGUGUUUAUUUUAAUGAUGGGAGGAAGAGCAGGUUUUCCUCCCAGCCAUUUAAAAAAUAUGAAUGUUGGGUGUGGUCUUAAUGGGUUAUAUCCGAAAUGGUAGUAUAUAACAAAAUUGGGCAUAACAGCUCAGGCUGUGAUAAAGGUCAACCCAGAGUGUGCUCCAGAAGUGGGGAGUGAGACAGAGCAUGGUUCAGACCCAGUGAUGCAUCCUUGUGGUGGGAUCAUGAAAUUCUACCACCAGCCCUCACUGAGGACACCAUCGUAUUUGGGGCUGUGUCAAACCUACUGGAAAUUUUGUGGAGUGCCAGAGUUAGCAGUGUCCUUUAUAUGGGCCUGCGGGAAUCCGUGGCUUAGAAGGACACUAUAUGGGUCAGCCAGGCCCAAAGGUGUCAUUCCUUUUCCACUUAACUCCUGUGUGCCCUUGCCUUGCUUCCCCCUACCUCCUUCCCUUGUGUUUUAUCUUUCUUUCUCUCUUGCUCUCAAAACUAAAGUUCAGAGAAUUAACAUUCCUUGGCUGGUGAGUGAGAUGCGACACCCAGCCUCAGGACACUGGUCACCUCUUCCCGUUCUCCUAGGAGCCUCUGCUGGGAAGCAUCCGCCCCUAGAGACUGUCAGAACUCCAGAGAUAUUUUCAAAGCCAGUCUGUUAGAGAAGAAUGAGUGGUGCCGUCCUGGAGUGUGUCUCCUAGGGUUCCUUUGUCUCCCCAUUUGUGAGUGGAUGGAGAGAUGGGGUGGGGGCGGGGGGUCUCUAUGUGCCUUUCCUUUGCAGGUUGACAGUCUAUGCUGCACUGGAGCAGAAGAACUGACAUGAGCAAGAAAAAAAAAAGUGCCACGUCUGUCUUCUAGGCCCACUGCCUCAGGCAUAGCAUUUAGUAAGUGAGAUACAUACUUGGUGACCACAGAGGCUUCUAAGGCCUUGGCCAAAUAGCAUUAGAAGAGGGCCACACUUCCACACUGGCUCUGAAUGAUAUGAACCAGAUUCUGUCGUUCUAUAUCCGCUUUGCCCAGACUGUAUAGACACGACCUGUGUUUCACCUCAGUACCUCUCCCUUCCUGGGACAAGGUCCUUGGACACUAAAUGCUUCUCUCUUUUUGCCUAAAGGAGUGGGAUUAGUAAUCCAUUGCAUCCUCCAACAGAUGUUUUUAGGGAGUGCUGCUGGACAGCGUGCAAACUCCCAGCAACUCAACAGAGCCCUGUUUGCCAGCUCCAUUGCCAGUGUAGACGAGUUAGUAAUGUGGCAGCCAUGUCAUCUACCAGACUGAAGUUGAGUGGGCACAGCUGUGGCAUCACCACCAUUACAGAAACACAAUUUCAAGUUUGCGCUUUAUAGGCAUGGCACUUGGAAGAGCCAGGAGCAGUGAUUUGGAACACUGGAGGGAUGGAGGAAGUGAGGCCUGGGCUCUCUCCUUGUCCUGGCCAUGUGGGAGAGAAGCAGCUCUGAGGCAGCCCUGCCUAUCCUUGAAAAUCUUGGCCUGACCCCUGACUAGGGCCUUUCCCCUGCUCCAAAGUUAAGAAGGGGCCCCCAUUGCAAACUUGAAAUUGCUUGCCUGAAGUCGACGCAUCAACUUCUAACCAUGCUCAGCCAACCUGUUUUAGCAUCCAUUUUCAUCAUUGGCCUGGCCAGCUUCAAUGCUUUCUGUGGUCCUCGGAGCCUGUGGAAGCUGCCUGCAAUGGGAGGCAUUAGUCGGUUGCUGGCACACCACCUGGCCAGAGCUACUGGAGGUCUCCUGGGUUGGAGGCUGGUACAACUUCUGAGUAUGGGGACUUCCUACCCCAAGUGGUGGGAAGUUACAAUUAACAUGAUUUACUCAGCUAUAACUCAACUCCAGAGGUUUAGUGUUUUUAAUACGGGAAAGAGAGGAGAAAUCUCAGGUCCAAUCAGGGUUCUGCCCAUCAGCUUUUCACUGAAACUUCAAAGAUGGGUUGUUGUUUUGUUUUUUGGGUUUUUGUUUUUGUUUUUGUUUUCCCCAUCUUUCAGUUUAUAGCUACAUUUUCCUCUCAUCUGCUCCCCACCCACUUUCCCCUUCUCUUUUGGUCACCUUUCCAGCUUCAUUUUUCCAUUCGUUUAAAUGUACCUCAUCACCUAUUCAAGCAGAUUAUGUCCACUUUUUCUUAGUGACCUUACUCUAAGAGCUACAGCUGAGGGAGGUACAAUGGAAAGACAUGUAGCGUUUGCCUUACUUGGAGCCUGAAGAGCUUAGAAACUCAUGCUGUGAAUCCCAAAACUCAGCGCUCCUUCACGAGCUGUGAAAAUCAUGACACUUUGUCACAGUUUUGCCUGAAAGGGUCUUUUGCGUGGGCACCAGAGCCAACCUGAGGUAAAUUCCAGAUCUUACCAUCUGGGCAUGAUCCCUCCCCCCAGGGUUCACUCCCUGCCCACCAGACUGAGAGCCUGUGGAGUGUGCGGGACUAGGGCAGCAGAGCCAAGGCAUUGGCACAGCCUAAUGGAACGGCACAGCCAGCGCUCCAUCCCCAGGCUGGGAUUCCAUCUCAUAAUUCCAUGUAUAGUAAGAUCUGCGAAAGACCAACUUUUAGUCAGUGAUACUUUUCUCCCACCACCCGAGGGAGAAGUACCCAGUUGGUGCUUUCUUUAAUUCCCUUGUUUUGUUUUGUUUUGUUUUGUUUCUGGAAGCUUUUCCCCUGGUAUCAUGGAAAGGACCUCUUAAACACCACAUUGUGGGUGGCUGUAUCCAAAGUCUAAAUAAUUGGCCAGAGGUAUGGAAUAGCCUUUCCUGGAUUCAUCCACGGGAAGGGCGCCUUACCACAACUGCACUUCUUAAUGUAAACAGCUGACUUCGGAGGAAGGCUUAGUUUCACAAAAAUCAAAGUUUCACAUUAUCAUUUAACUAGAAAUGGAGCAGCAAAUGCUAAUUUGAUUAUAAAGUGAGGGUCCCCAUAAAGCCCUCCAUCUAGCACAGCAUAUUCUCAGAUUUGAUGCUUGUUCAUUGUGUGUCUUCAUGAGCCCCUCCCUGGUGCUGAAUUGGCUUUGAAUUCCUGGUGAGAGGCCUCAGCAUCUCCUUGGGCUGGUCUGGGCCAGUAAAUCGCUGCCUGAAGUGUUUAUAUAUUAUCAUGGUCAAUAGUUCAGUGAAAUUUGUACAUUUUUGGUAACAUUGGCAUACAAGAUGCCCCUGCAGUUCCUUUUCUGUUUGGUAGUUUGUGACUCUAAAAUUCCCACUGUUAUGUGUGUUAAUUUAUGAAAAUAAAAUUUUUUUUGAAAACCUUUCAAA